AUGAAAGACGCAUCAACGCUGAACCUCGCGCGCUUCCGCUUCUCACCUACGAGUGUAUCCACCACUCCCCGCACGAAGAGCUCUUCGCCGGCGCCAACGCUAGAAUACGCCACGCGGGACUUGUCACUCGAAUACCUCUCGUCGCCCUACCCCCUCACAUCAUCCGAACGCGCCUUAUAUCGAACGGCCUCAGGCGCGAAAGUUCCGCAACAUCAUUGGGAGGUAUAUGAUGCUUGUCUGAAGGUUCCUGCGGGGAGAGUUACGACAUAUGGCGUGCUGUGCAAACAUAUCGGCUCAGGAAGUGCAAGAAGCGUCGGACGCGCGCUAGCCACGAACCCUUUCGCACCGCGCAUACCCUGCCACCGCGUCCUCCCCGCAACACUCUUCGCCGGCGGCUUUCGUGGGAACGCACCCGUCCAUCCCUCUCAAAAGCUCAACAGCAAGAAAUCAGCCAGGGAAGACGGAGAAGGAGAGGACAACGACGUCCAAGUUGAGGAGAUCAAGUGGAACUGGCACGAUAGCGUCAAGGUUGAAGGAGCGGAGGCGGUGAGGAGGGAGAAGGUGCGGAUGUUGGCGCUUGAGGGUGUUAGGUUUGGUGGGGAUGGGAAGUUGGUGGGUGGGGUAGGGGCUGUGUGGAAGUUUGAGGAUGAUGAGGAGAGCGAGUGUGACGGCGAGGAGUAG